GCACCGCCCGCACCCGCCGCGCCUCAGCUCUGCGCGUCCCGCCGAGACAGCGCUGCGCUGCCCAGCCCGGCCAGAGACAGAGACAGAGAGAGAGAGGCAGGCGCAGUGCAGGCUGCGGACGGGCAGGCAGCAGGGGCGCACGGGCUGUUUAGGGAGCGAGAGUAAAGUCAGGCGAGCGCAACAGCGGCCGCCUCCCGCUCCGCAGAAGUGAGGAGGCAGCACCUCGGGGGGCAACAUGACGGCGUGGCUGAGCUUCCUCGCCGUGUUCCUCUGCAGCUGGAGCCUGCGGGACUUGGUGGUGGAGGCUUGCACUUGCGUCCCCAUCCACCCGCAGGACGCGUUCUGCAACUCCGACAUCGUGAUUCGAGCUAAAGUGGUGGGGAAGAAGCUCAUGAAAGAUGGACCAUUUGGAACGAUGAGAUACACAGUCAAGCAGAUGAAGAUGUACAGGGGCUUCCAGAUAAUGCCACACGUUCAGUACAUCUACACAGAAGCCUCUGAGAGUCUCUGCGGAGUCAAGCUGGAGGUCAACAAGUACCAAUAUCUGAUUACAGGCCGGGUGUAUGAAGGGAAGGUUUACACUGGCCUGUGCAACUGGUAUGAGAAAUGGGACCGGCUGACUCUGUCCCAGCGUAAAGGACUGAAUCAUCGUUAUCACCUGGGCUGUGGAUGCAAGAUUAGGCCUUGCUACUAUUUGCCCUGCUUUGCCACCUCCAAGAAUGAGUGUAUUUGGACAGACAUGCUCUCCAACUUCGGCCACUCAGGAUAUCAAGCAAAGCACUAUGCCUGCAUCCAGAGGGUGGAAGGUUACUGCAGCUGGUAUAGAGGAUGGGCACCUCCAGACAAAACGAUAAUCAAUGCCACAGAUCCCUGAGCACGCUGUCCCUUUCCUUAUCUCCCCUCUCCCUUACUUGUGGCUGAUCUUCUUUUGGACACUAACUCCUACCAGAUCAUGAUGAUGACAAUGAAAUUAGUGCCUAUUUUCAUGCAAAUUUUAGCACUUCGAACACUUAAAAAGAAAAGAAAAAAAAACAAACGGAAAAGAAAGAAAAAAGUCUAUGCUACCUUACUGAAUUUGUAAUCACCUUUUCCAUUUUUUGAUACCACUCAUUUUGAUCGGACAACAUUUGGGAGCUUACUUUUGCACACCAGAGGGAAAAAUGGGAGGGAAAAAAAAGAAAAAAAAAAGAAAAAGAUGGAGCUCUUGCUCUCUUACUUAUAUCAUUAGCUGUAGCAAUAUAAUCUCUAUUUUUUUAGGAAAACAAAAAUCUAAAAACUAUGCCAAUUAGGCACUGUAUUCUUCUGUGCGCUGGCUUCCGAUCACCCCUCCUCAUGCACUAAGUGCUGACAGUACAUAGACAAAUCUAUUUUAAGGGAAACAGGUUUCAUUAAUCAGAUUGGCAAAUGAAGCAAAAUGAACAGAAACCCAGCCUAAACUCUGGAAAAAUUUACAUCCAAAAGAAAUCCUCCUAUAUGGGAAAGAUUGGCAGUGUGAUUGACUCCAGCAGUGGGAGAAUUCACCUGGUGUGUCUGACCACAUCGUCUGGUAAAAGCAUUGUUGACUGAUUGUCCUAGCUAAUUAAGUCACAGUGUGAGUGCAACAGCACAUUUGAAGUUCUGGUUUUCCCCGGAACAAAAGAAAGAGUAUUUUGUAUUUUUGUUGUUGUUCUUUCAAAAACAAAAGCCCCAUCCCCUAUUUUCAGGGAGGUAAAUCCACCCACAGCAGAGCAGAUGAAGUGUUGUGCCAUCCUGUUUUGAGCAGCAUUGGCCCCUGAAAUUUUUGCAGCUUAGCUUCAACAGCAAAACCAGCUUGUGAACACCUUAAACCAAACAGAUGCAAAAAUACCAACUGUAAAUCAAUCACGUGGAAGAGGGAAAGGGGAGACUUGCUAGAACUCUUACUAUAAAAAAAUGUAUUGCCAAAAUAGUGUUUUGCUGAACUAAGAUGUAUAUACACAUAAUGAUAUAAGCUAUUUUUGACAGGAUGUGGAAUAUUUUUGGUGUUAUAAACAAAAGAAUGGUUUGAUUGUGUUUUAAAGACAGAAAUAUUGACAUUCCGAGUUGGUGAGUUGCUUUUAAGGUAUUGAAGCUCCAGUGUAUUUGCAGUAGUGGCUACAGUCAUUGUUUCCUCUGUACCUCCUUGCACCACGGUUCCUCCCCUGCAGCUACACUAGCUGCAUUUGUUUAUAUAGUGAAAGGAAGUAUGUGUGUGGGCUAGGCAAGAAAAAGUGGUCUCCUAAUAAGUGUUGUCUGGGAUUGUAAAAUUUCAGCUGCCAGAGGGUUCCUUCUAUGUUAAGUGCUGUGUUUCCCUCUAGGCACUGUUAAGCAUAGCCCUGUGCAUGUGCUCAUGCCAUGUCCUGCAGUGAUGUGGGAGGAGGAGCCUUACUGUCUUGUGCUUUGCUGUUGACUGGAGAAGUUUUUUUCGUUCUAUUUUGUUUUUUUUAUUAAGAAAACUAUAAUAUAAUUUUUCUUAUCAAAUAAAAGUAUUUUAAGUUUUAACGAUGGUGAAGAAGGGGUGCUGACAAAAUGGGUGACUCAGUUUUGGAUGGGGAGGGCUUGGGCAGGGAGAAGAUUGUGCUUAACUUCAUUUUUGUAUUAUUAUGAUUAUUUAUCUUAAGUUUCCAUAUAUCUUCCGUUCAUUCCACUUAGAAAUCAGAGCUGCCACUAGCAGGAAAAGAGUUGCAGUUAUUCCAGCUUGAGGCAAUACAGCAUUUUACAGUCAGUGACCUCAAUUACUGGAGAAUUAUUUGGAAUCUCUUUGCCAAAUUGAAAAGAAAGGUUGUUUGAGAUGGGCACUGAUGUGUUUUUAUGUUCCUUUUGUGCUAACAGAGCUCUGCCAGAUGUACAUUCUCUGAAAUGCCCCAUUUGCUACAUGAAUUGUUGCAGCAAAAAGCUUCAUUUUUAGCAUGAAUUUUAAAGGGCAUUUUCACAGAGUCUGCUGUGUAUGUUUUUUUUCCCAGCAGCUCUCAGUGGCAAUGCAGCACAAAACACAUUGAAAGUCUUGGAUUUUCCUGUGAUUCAGACUUUGAACACUUCUCAGAAGUCCUCUUCCCUGUGACUACUCCUAAUUUAUGGGUUGGAGAUGAGAGGGAGAGUAGGGUGCUUCAUGACACCCGUCACAGGAUCAGGUGGUGGUUCAGAACAUUGUCCCUUUUGGCAAAAUAUGGGGUUGGGCUUUGGGCCCAGCGGAGCAAGCUCUGUUUGAGCUGAGUGUGGCUGACAAAAUCUAUGAGGGUCACUGAGGACAGCGUGGAGCCACCCUCCCUGUUUGCAUCGAGUGGAGUCGACAUUGCUGGAGAUGGCCCACCUCAAGUUCAAGGCGACUUUGCAUAGCUGAGGUCUCUUUGGAUUUUCAUUAAACUGCAGCUCUGCAUGUUUUACCUGUCACUGAUUCAUUUAGCUAGCUGAGACAUCACAGUAUUGCACUCAAAUUAUUGUGAAAAUAUUUGCAUUCUAAUACUAUGAGGACUUAUGUCCCUAAGUAGGAUAUAGUGUAGCUAUGUGCUUUGUAAACAACAAAACAGCAGAUGCAUUACCAGAAAAUGGAGCAUAUUCCCACUUUAUAUUGCAGACGGUAAAAUAUUUGAGAUGCAGACAGGUAGAUCAGCAGGAGUGGAGGUUUGGCAAAUCUUUACCCUUGCUGUGUAAAGAAACAAUUGUUAAGGCUUUUCAAAAUGUGGAGCCGAAAGGAGGGGGAAGAAUCCAGUGAAAAUACAUUUCUUUUGGGAAGCUUCUUAAUUUUGUUUCUGUGCAUGCUAUCAGGGACAUGUAUUUCUUAGGCUAAGCUUCAGCUUGUUGCUUGCAUUAAGAACCUGACUAAAGGCACUCUUGAAGUGGGAAGAAGCCAUUACAUGGAUUGAAGAGGCUCUAAAUCAGACUCAAAGACUCCUUCCUUUCUAUCUGCUCUCCUUUCUUCUGUCUUACUAAGUCACUUCUGCCUGCCAGUGGACAAAACUCACUCCCUCAUUACAGCAGGCCUUGUGAUAUGUGGGAACACCAGGCAUGGAGAUGGGAGAAGGCAGGUGUGAAGAGUAUGCCUCAGUGUGUGGAGCAUACAAUGUCUUGAAGUAGCACCAAUACCUUCCUGUCACCUCUGGCAUGCUCCUCACUUCAGCCAGUACCCUAAGGUCAGAGAACUGUCAAUGGCACAGCCCAUGUGAGCACGACCUUUGGACAUUACAGAAUUACACACACACUCCCUGCCACCAUGCUUUAGGUACACCAACAUUAUUACCAGUACUUUCUAAAAUGCAUAGCUCAUUUCUACACUGUUGCUGUUCACUUUCUUAUUUAUAAAUAUUUUUCCUUAUUUCCUUGACAGUGUUUUCCCCUUUAGAAUUACAAAAAUAUGUAUUGAAAGUUUGAGAAAGAUUGGAUUCUAUUUUCCUUUCCCAAAAUGGAGUAGGGAGAGAGCAGGAGAUCUGUGCGUGGAGUAACUUGGAUAAAGUCCUCCUGUGGGAGGCUUCCCCCUCCCCUGUAUGGGACAAAACUGCCAUUUUAGGUGUAAAUUUCCCAUGUUUUGAAGAGUUAAUGACCCUUUAGGUAGGACUAUUCUAAAACCUAAAUAUAUCACUAAAUGUAUCCCAUUCAUACUUGGUCAGAGUGAAAUGCUCCCUCUCAGUGAUGGGAAACAUACUGUUGUGCUUUUUACAGUAAAGACUAUUUGAAGUAAGGGUCUCCGUGGGAACAAGUUUCCAUUCUUCCAGAUGUCUCUGAAAGUACUACUCAAUCAGAACGUAUUUUUUAGCUUAGAAGGGCAGAACAAAAUUUAGGGAACUGCGAAAAUUCUGUCUAUUUUUAGAAUAAGUGAAUUUUGGGGCUACCGGUCUUGAGAAAAAACGUGAAAAUCCACUAAACAUUUGCUGCUGCUUUGCUUGUACUGGCUUCUCCUUCCCUCUGGCACUGUCCUUCCUUCAUAGAGCCACUCUGCUGUUCCUGAUAGUUAUGGAAACUUGGGGAAGGAACCAAACCCGUGUGAAAAAUCUUGUCCAGAAGGAAUGUAUUUGUUGCUAAAUUUUCUAGCACUGUUUACAGUUUUCCUCCAUGUUAUUUAUAAAUUUUAUAUUCAGUGAAUGUAUAUUGUCUUUUAAGGUAAUGUUGCAUAAUGUUCACUUUUUAUAGUGUUCUUUUAUUCUAAACAGUAAAGUGGUUUUAUUUCUAUCA